UCGUGCAAGUUGACAUAAUGGCAAGAUCGAAAUCCACCCUUUUCUUGUCCCACAGCCCUCGAUUGUGUAGAAAUGGGUGAUACCUUGAACUGCGACGACUAUGGGGACAUCUCCUCCAUACUCGCUGCCAGCCAUCUUAACCUCGCCCAGCUCCUUGUAUCAUGUCCCCAAGCAUGCGCCGUAAUUGUCGGGUCGGGAAACCCAGACAUUGCCGGUAUUGGGGUAUGAACCCUGCUGUUCCUCUUCUCUUGUUUUUUUCUCUUCUUUUUUCAAAAAGACCCGAGUUGAUCUGCUCUGUCGAGAUGAAGUGCUGAGACAUAAAAUCUCCAUAUAGGCAAUGGUGGCAUACACGAUCCAAACCACUCUCUCCUUCUUAACCCCCAUAGCAAUAUCAGUCUCCCUCUUCCUCCAUCAAGAACCGUACCAGUCCUUCCGAGGUCUCUCGCAAUCCUACAUGACGUCCCAAGCCAUCUUCGCCAUGGCCGUCUCCAUCUCAUCCCUCGUCCUCCUCGUCCAACGCCCGCCCCUCAUCGAACGAGACCUCAUCGAGAAACUCGGCGCCUUCCAAGCCCUCUGCGCCCUCCAGGUCAUCUACGUCCCCACCGUCCUCUCCCUCUCCGAAGGCGGCUUCGGACCGAACCGGACAAAGCGCCUGUGGCACCGCAUCAAGCACAGCCCCUCGACGCGCAGGAUCCUGACAAGUGUUAUCAUCCUGCCCCCCCUUCUCGGCGUCGCCAUCGAGUACCAACCGGACAACCUCCGCUCACUCUACAACGACGCCGUGGCGAACCCGGCCGUCUGCCCGGACCAUGUCAUCACGAGAACGAAAGCCGUCGACGGUGCCGUCGUCGCCGUACUCGCGUUCGUUGUGGUCGUCAACGUCAUCUUCACCGUCGCGAAGACCUUUUUCGGUUCGAAUUCGACGCGUCGGUGGUUACUCGCUUACGGCAUCGUCUCGGGUUACUCGCUCUGCGUGUCCCAGGCUCUCCAGCUGGGGUGGUUGUUUGAUUAUCGGACGCAGGCGAGGGACGUUGCCGGAGAGGAGUACGAAGAUAAUGAGUGGGGGUUUGGACAGGUGUUGGCUGUGUUCUCUUGGGCGCCUACUUUGAUGGAGUGCGGUUAUUGGUUUAUCAAGACGUUGAUCCACAGGCAAGAUUCUUGGAGGUCUUGGCGAGAUGUCAAAGAGUCACCCUGGGAUCGGGACUAUUGCAGUCAAAAGCGCAGUCAGGCGGGCGACGGCGCUACGGCUAUACCGAUGCUGGAUUCGGAGAGAUGACCGAUCCAUGUCAGACGAUUGUGCCGACAAUACCGGAGUGGGACGUGUACCUCUCACCAGCUCUCCUGCGGACUGAUGUCUCAACGCUUCAAUACAGGUCCUACGUCGUUUCAUACCAUGUCAUGUCGCAAUGUAUUGUUUCUGACCGUCAUGAGACUACCCAUUCCUACCCGUUCGUACCUAUUCCUACCC